AUGGCUAGUGACACUCAAUGGGUUUCUAGUGUGGUAAUUGAAAAGUGCAAGGGCGUGUUUGACCUAUCAGAGUCAUUGGUUGAUGUUGGAGGAGGGACAGGGACUAUGGCUAAGGCAAUUGCUAAGUCAUUCCCAAAACUAAAGUGUGUUGUAUUUGAUCUCCCACGUGUUGUUGGUGACUUGCAAGGAACUGAUAACAUAAAAUUUGUUGGAGGAGAUAUGUUUGAAGAAGCAUUUCCUUUGGCUGAUUGCAUUACGUUGAAGUGGGUAUUACAUAAUUGGAACGACGAGGAUUGUGUGAAAUUACUGAAUAAAUGCAAGGAGGCAAUACCUAACCACGGUGGGGUUAUUAUCAUAGAGGUUUAG